AUGUGUGUCGACUGCCGCGCCAUCAAUAACAUCACUGUAAAGUAUCGACACCCUAUUCCUAGACUUGAUGACAUGUUAGAUGAGUUACAUGGCUCUUGCAUCUUCUCUAAGAUUGAUCUUAAGAGUGGUUAUCACCAAAUCCGGAUGAAGGAAGGUGAUGAGUGGAAAACCGCCUUUAAAACCAAGCAUGGUCUAUAUGAGUGGCUUGUGAUGCCAUUUGGCUUGACCAAUGCGCCAAGUUUUGUGGUGAGUGCAGAUGGCGUACAGGUUGAUGAAGAGAAGGUCGCAGCUAUCCGGGAUUGGCCUAGUCCUAAGACCGUUGGAGAGGUCAGAGCUUUCAUGGCUUGGCCGGAUUCUAUCGGCGGAAUCGGAAUAGGAGCUGUUCUCAUGCAAGACAAGAAGCCGAUUGCCUACUUCACAUUACUUAUGGCCCAAGGAGUUUGUUAUCACACUGAUCAUGAAUCACUCAAGCACUUCAAAGGCCAACAGAAGCUCAACAAGAGGCAUGCUCGCUGGGCCGAGUUCAUAGAAACCUUUCCCUAUGUGAUCAAGUACAAGAAAGGUAAGGACAAUGUCGUGGCCGACGCAUUGUCUAGACGGUAUACACUUCUCUCUACUCUUGAUGCCAAACUCUUAGGCUUUGAGCAAAUUAAAGAACUAUAUGCUUCUGAUGCUGAUUUUUCUGAUAUUUAUCAAGCUUGUUCUAAGUUUGCUUCUGGUCGAUAUGUGAGACAGGAUGGGUUUCUCUUUUAUGAGAACCGCCUUUGUGUGCCUAAUUGUUCUUUGAGGGACUUGUUUGUCAGGGAAGCACAUGGAGGAGGACUUAUGGGACAUUUUGGAGUUGCCAAGACUAUACAGAUCAUGAGAGAUCAUUUCCAUUGGCCACAUAUGAUUAGAGAUGUGGAGCGCAUAUGUGCUCGCUGCACCACUUGUAAGUUGGCCAAAUCCAAGGUCCAACCCCACGGUUUGUAUACUCCUCUCCCUAUUCCAUCACAACCUUGGACUGAUGUUUCCAUGGACUUUGUUCUUGGUUUACCCAGAACUAGACAUGGAAAGGAUUCCAUUUUGUGA